AUGCAUCGGCUAUUUAUGGGGUCUUUUGCUAUCGCUCUUUAUCUGCUCCCUACCACAGCUCUCUACCACAACAACGAGCACGACCACUGGAAUGAACUGCGAGGCCUCACAAUCAACGGCUCGAAGGGACUCAACACAUCGCAAAACCAAAAUUCAAGACUCCCUUUAGUCAUUGACACUUUCCAGAACCCAACUCACAAUGAUCUCGGAUUCUGGCAUGGCUCAGGCGAGAACCUCUCAGUGCAACAUGAACCAGGCUUCAUUCGUCUUUUUCCAACAGAUCCCGACCAAAAUUUCCACACACAGUUCGAUAACCAUCUCUGCUAUAGUCUAGUUCCAUGGUACAACGAGUUUCUCCAUGUUGUCUUUGAGGGUACCGAUCAAUUCAGCGUCUCUUUGAACCAGCACAAUGACGAAUGCAACCCACGCCGCAGCCCCUUCCCUAGCGUGGCCGAUUCCGUUCAAGCAGAUCGAUACGUCAUGCAUCCCCGCUCUGAAGCAUCUGGCGGGGAUGAAGAUGGGGAUGAUGAUGAGGACUGGGAUGAGGAUUGGGACAACGAGGUUGACAUGGACACGGAUAGAAAGAGCAAGAAACAUCGAAACAUCGGCAAUCCCAGAAACAGCCGGCUCAAGUACUCUAAUGAGACUGUUGAAAUCCCACCAGGACGCCGUGAGCUCUAUAUCCCGCUUACCCACUUUGAGAUUGAUUUCAAUCGCGUGGUGUCUGUUUCCUUCAACGGUUUCUAUACCCAGGAACCUAUCACACUGCAUUGUGUCGAAAUCGUGCCAUCGGUUCCACCGCCAUCUCCCGAGAAUGGCCAUUUUCACUUGCCGGGAAAGCUUCCAAGCGGACGAUUAGUUCUUCGUUGCUCUCGACCAAACUCAUUUGCAUUCGGAAUCGAUGAUGGCCAGCCACAGUUUUCUCAACAGAUCAUGCGUAUCCUGGAUGAGGAGAAUGUGCGGGUUACUUUCUUUGUGGUUGGGGCAGGACUAAGGGAUCCAUCGAGCAAUUUCUCGACGUUCUAUAAGGAGAUGUUGAAAAAGGGCCACCAGGUUGCGCUCCAUUCAAACACCCAUCCAAAGAUGGAAGCGCUGCAAACUAUCCGUGAGAUUGACGACGAAAUCAUACAGACUGUGCAAGUGUUCAAAGAACAGCUGGGCAUUGGAUCUUCGUACUUCCGCCCUCCAUUUGGGACGGUAGCUGCCCGUCUGCGCCAGCAGCUAGCACGCCAUAUUCCAAACCCGUACAUCGUGAACUGGAGUGUGGAUGUCGAAGAUUGGCUAUGGGCAAACACUUCCACCCCAGAGAAGCAGCUCGAAGCUUUCUAUCGCGAUGUUAGCAAGGGUGGGAACCUUGCUGUUAUGCAUUACCUACACCCGACUACCAUCGGAUACCUGCCACAGCUCAUUCAACAUGUCAAGGGUGCGGGAUACGAGAUCAUGCGCAUUGAUCAGUGUUUGGAGGAUGUGUCUGCUCCACCACUGUGA